AUGACGGAGAUCUCUGGGAAACAAACUGCAGGUCUUCACCUUUUCUAUAUCAAGCAUUAUUCAAAACAUCCUCAAACACUCGGCAAUGAAUCAACGAUGAAUUUAAUAUGUAUGGUUAUUUGCGACUUUAUGAAUCGUUUAUUUGGUGCUGGAAAAGCUACUACGCAGAAGCCGACAUUGAACGAUACGGCUGCCAACCUCGAUAGCCGAGUAGGAACGAUAAAUAAGAAAAUUGCUGAAUUAGAUGUCGAAUUAGCGGCUUAUGGUCGAUUACCACCAGGUCAAAAAGCAGCUAAAAAAGCUCGAGCAUUACGUCUGUUACAACAAAAGAAAAUGCUUGAAGGUCAACGAAAUCAAAUUGAAGGACAAUCGGCAAAUAUUGGUCAAACUGCAUUUGCUCUGUCGAAUAUUGAAACAAAUAAGCAAAUUUUUAAUGGAAUGAAAGAUGCAAAUAAACAGUUGAAAAAAGGUUUCAAAGAUUUCAAUAUUAAUAAAGUUGAAAGAACUAUGGAUGACUUGGAUGAUUCGAUGUUUGAUUAUAAUGAAAUUAAUGAAGCUUUGAGUCGACCUUUGAACGACCAGUAUGUUGAUGAAAGUGAACUUGAUGCAGAAUUGUUUGCUAUUGCAAAUGAAGAAUUGGGAAUGGACUCUGGAGCAAUGGUCACUGGUUUUUCAGCUCCGAGUGUACCUGUACAGCCAAUUGAUACCGGAAGAGUUACAAAUAAAAAUGGUGUUGAAGUCGAUGAAUUUGGAUUACCAAAAGUAUCAGCAGGUGGCAUGAAGUAUUAA